AUGGCGUCACCACCAGUAGAAAAUAUCUCCAAUCUAGAUGCGCCUUUGGCGCUAGAUUCAAAGAAGACGGAGGGGUUGUGGGAAGAGACAACGGAGGCAAAAAAAAUGGAUAUAGCAUCUGCUGAUGACAACAAGAAGAUCGGAAAUAUCAGCGACAGCGUUGAAUUAAAAAUGGACCCUCAGGAUAGUAGCUUGACUCUUCUGCAAAGUACCAACCAAGCUAUGGGCACUACCCAAUCUCCUAAUUCCUUUUUCAACACCUCUCAUUGGUACAAUGGUGUUUCAGACCCUAGAGUUCGUAGUGAUUACGAUUACCUGACCCGUUUCAUGGGUGGAACUCAGGCUCGAAGUGUCCCAUUUGAUGAGAGUCAUUUGAAGCAGAAGAUUGGAUUUUAUUCCUCAACAUCAACACCAUUUCUCUAUUCGCAAACAUCGAACUCCCCAAAUCUGCCAUCUUAUACCUCCUACACACCGGCCUAUUCUGGCACUCCACGUCAGACACCAACAUCUCCAACACUAAUGCCCGUGGCCUAUCAGUCUACUGGAGGCCGAGAUUAUGAAGGCCAUCAUAAAUCGGCUUUGGCGGCAGCUUUAGUAGCUCAUCAGCCGAAUCCCCAAAUAACAAGCACCCAACCUUACGUACAGAGACGAAAACGACGUGUUCUCUUCAGCCAAGUUCAAGUCAUGGAACUAGAGAAAAGAUUUAAGCAACAGAAGUAUCUCACAGCUCCGGAACGAGAACAAUUAGCUCAACUGAUAAACUUAACCCCCACACAGGUAAAAAUUUGGUUCCAGAAUCAUCGCUAUAAGUGCAAGAGGGCUUACAAAGAGAAAGGUGAUGGUUCAAUGGACAUGGCACAAUCCCCCAUUAAUAGCGGUUCUAAUGAUGGCAAAGACGACAAUAUUCCGAGUGAUCACAGUUCGCCAAGGGAAAUAAGUAGCAACAAAGGUGACAUGUCGUCAACAUUGAACAUGAUCCAGUCGCCAUCCAAUGAACCCAAGGAACGUUUCAGCGCCUUUGAACAAACAGUACCUUCGCAAGAAAAUAGGUUCUUUCCAGUUUCGGCACCACCAUAUACCGGCUAUGGGAAUCAAUCAGUGUAUCCCUCUAGUUCAAGGGAUCCGUCCAGAGAUAUAGAUUCUGCAUGUCCUGAUAUUUAUCGAUCUUAUAUUAAUCAAUAUAUUACCGACUGCGAUCCUUCACGGCGGUUAGCUGCUAGUAUUUUUGGUGAUGAGGUAAAUCCAAAUAACAGCACAACUGACUACUCCAUGAACCCCAAAGCAAUAUUUGAGGGAUAUCAGAGAUCAGACGCCAGAGUACCUUCGAAACAUCCCUUUGGAGUUGAGAUGAGAGAAAACGACUAUUCAACUAGAAAUAUGGAAUUAUAUCGAGUGACACAAUCAAUGGUAAAGACGGAGGGAUUAUGGACGGAUUAUAUUAAUCAAGAAGCUAUAGAUAAAAACAGCAACAUUCCACCAUCAACAUCUUCUAUCUACAACUUUCCAACCAAUAACCGAACCGAGUGA